AUGCUCUGUUCUCUUGCUCGGUUCCCCUCCUCUGUUCCGCUGCUCUGUUUCCCUGCUCGGUUCUCUUGCUCUCUCCCCCUGCUCUGUUUCCCGGCACGGUACUCUUGUUCUCUCCCCCUGAUCUGUUUCCCUGCUCGGUUCUCCUUCUCCCUCCCCCUGCUCUGUUCCUCUAGUCAUUUCCCCUUCUUUGUUAUCUGCUCUGUUUCCCAGCUGUGUUCUCUACUUUUGCCCGAGCCCGGUUCUCAUGCUUUCUCCCCUGCCCUGUUUCCCUGCUCGGUUCUCAUGCUCUCUCCCCUGCCCUGUUUCCCUGCUCGGUUCUCAUGCUCUCUCCCCUGCCCUGUUUCCCUGCUCGGUUCUCAUGCUCUUUCCUGCUCUGUUUCGCUGCUCAGCCCCCCUUCCCCCUCUCCUGCAUGCUUUCCACUCACUCCAGCCCCCCUUCCCCCUCUCCUGCAUGCUUUCCACCCACUCCAGCCCCGCUUCCCCCUCUCCUGCAUGCUUUCCACUCACUCCAGCCCCGCUUCCCCCUCUCCUGCAUGCUUUCCACCCACUCCAGCCCCGCUUCCCCCUCUCCUGCAUGCUUUCCACCCUCUCCAGCCCCCCUACCCCCUCUCCUGCAUGCUUUCCACCCACUCCAGCCCCCCUUCCCCCUCUCCUGCAUGCUUUCCACCCACUCUAGCCCCCCUUCCCCCUCUCCUGCAUGUUUUCCACUCACUCCAGCCCCCCUUCCCCCUCUCCUGCAUGCUAUCCACCCACUCUAGCCCCCCUUCCCCCUCUCUUGCAUGCUUUCCACCCACUCCAGCCCCCGUUCCCCCUCUCCUGCAUGCUUUCCACCCACUCCAGCCCCCCUUCCCCCUCUCCAAAAUGCUUUCCACCCACUCCAGACCCCCUUCCCCCUCUCCAAAAUGCUUUUCCACCCACUCCAGCCCCCCUUCCCCCUCUCCAAAAUGCUUUCCACCCACUCCAGCCCCCCUUCCCCCUCUCCAAAAUGCUUUCCACCCACUCCAGCCCCCCUUCCCCCUCUCCAAAAUGCUUUUCCACCCACUCCAGCCCCCUUUCUCCCUCUCCUGCAUGCUUUCCACCCACUCCAGCCCCCCUUCCCCCUCUCCAAAAUGCUUUCCACCCACUUCAGCCCCCCUUCCUCCUCUCCAAAAUGCUUUUCCACCCACUUCAGCCCUUGGCCAAUUUUCCCCUUUCGCUAUGCUCUCCACCGCCUCUUUCGCUGCUUUCACAUUUUCUUGGUUCAUGCUAGUGGUUUCAGAAGCGCUACUAGCGGUGCAGGCGGCGCACAGAGGCCAUCCGCCGGUGCGCCUCAACACCACGUCUGCUGGUCGUCAGGUACUCUCCCGCGCUCCCUCCGCUGCUUCCCCCACCCGCUCUUCCUCCCUCUGUGCCAUCCGAGUCCACCUAAAAGAGACUUCCCUCCUACCUCUGGGCCAGCCGCGAGUGUUGCAUGACCGCACCACACCAGGAGGAGGAGGAGGAGCAGCAGCAGCAGCAGCAGCAGCCCCAGAAGCAGAAGGAGCAGGAGGAGGGGGAGUGGUGGUGGGCGGCAGGGGGUGCAGUGGAUGCGUGCAGGGGGAGCAGUGCAGCAUACACGUGUGGGUGACUCCCCCUGCUCACUGGUUCGUGCCCUUGGCAAGCGAUGAGAGUGGCAGGGGCAUCAACGCCAACAACAGCAGCCAAGGGGAGGCCAACAGCAGCAGCAACCGCAGAACGAGCCAUAACAGCACUUGGCUGAAGAACGACCUGACUCUUAUUCUGGAGGGCCCGGCAUCGGGCAACGGGGACGUGCAGUGUGUCGACCCCCCUGCUUGCUCGCACUUCUUCAUCUCCUACCGCCUCUGGGACGUGGGGGAUUAUAGCUCUCCCCACUCACCUCACCUCUAUGCCCUUCGCCUCCGCCUUUGCUGCUGUGCCAAUAACAAAUGGGGUGUGAUACUCGCAUCGUUUUGCCUCUCCAUCAAUGGCCUCCACCUUCUCUCACUCACCCUCUCUCACUCACCCUCUCUCACUCACCCUAUCUCACUCACCCUCUCUCACUCACCCUCUCUCACUCACCCUAUCUCACUCACCCUCUCUCACUCACCCUCUCUCACUCACCCUCUCUCACUCACCCUAUCUCACUCACCCUCUCUCACUCACCCUCUCUCACUCACCCUAUCUCACUCACCCUCUCUCACUCACCCUCUCUCACUCACCCUCUCUCACUCACCCUCUCUCACUCACCCUCUCUCACUCACCCUCUCUCUCUCACCCUCUCUCACUCAUCCUCUCUCACUCACCCUCUCUCACUCACCCUCUCUCACUCACUCUCUCUCACUCACCCUCUCUCACUCGCCCUCUCUCACUCGCCCUCUCUCACUCACCCUCUCCACUCAUCCUCUCUCACUCACCUUCAAACUCACACCCUUUCAGACAACCUUUCCCACUCACCCCUCAACUAGUGCCACUCUCGCCGUAGGUUGUUCCAAUCUCAACUUCUCUCGUGACUUUGCCGCCCAUUUCAACUCCACAUUCCGCCAUGACCUUGCCACGUGGAACCUCUUUAUUGGCUGGUCAGAGCAGUCAGCUUCUGGGAACGUUCCUGCAGCUGCAAGCACGCCUGGUGCGGCUGACAUGGGGGUAGGGGGUUUCGACGCCAUGACGUCCGCUAUCACCUCCUCAAAUACCACUGUCUCAGAUACCAUCUCCCCCAGCAACCUAGCCACGCCCUGCACACCCGGAUCCAUCCCUGGUCGCUGGAAGAAGGACAGCAGUGGCAAUUACUCCUGGACCUUCUUCCCCUGUGCGCCCCCAUUAUCGCCUCCCAGCCAUUGCAUCUCAGAUCUACGGCGCAAGGGCAUUCGGGAGGUCAACAUCGUGGGUGACUCACGCCAGAGGCUCUUAGCAGGCCACAUGCACUUCCUGCAGGAUUAUGAGCGCCCCAACCACACCCUCCAGUCCAGCAACGCAAACAAGGACACGUUCAAGAUCAACUUCUAUUGGAUUGAUGGGAUUUACUGCAACGGGGAGUUUGGCUGUGGAUCCCCUUGCUCAAUCCUUUUCCUUCUCCUCUUCACCGCACAGCAUCCAUCCCAACACCACGUCCCCGACCACCAGCUCGCCACAGCUGACGUCAGACAUCCUGGAGGCAGUGACAGAGGAAAGAACAGCAACUGCACCGACACAUUCCCAUCCGUCGUCUCCCCUACGGCUGACGUAACCAUGCUAAACACGGGCGCCAGGUCGGACAGGUUCUACGCGGAGCCAAUCAAAGCCAUGCGCGCCCACCUGCCAGAGUUUCUCAACUGGGGGUUGCAGUUCACCACCCAAAGCGGCAGGCCGUUGGUGCUGCGCACAGCAAUGCCCGUGCCCAGUUGA